UUUGUUGGUUUACUUUCCAGAAUAGAGGAUGGAUGAUGAAUGCUUUCGACUACAUUAGCCAAAACCAAGGAAUAACCACCGAAAAAAGCUACCGAUAUCAACAAAUGCAAGAAACUUGCGACACACAGAUAAACAAAGUUGCCACCAUCAGUGACUAUCGAAUGGUGCCUGAAAACGACGAAGAAGCAUUGCUUAAGGCCGUCACGAAUCAACCGGUCUCGGUUGCACUUGAAGGCCAUGGACGAGACUUUCAGUUUUACAAUGGUGGAGUGUUUAUAGGAGAUUGUGGAAAUUCUCUCACCCAUGCAGUCACCACUGUUGGAUACGGGACAAGUGAAGAAGGUUUAAACUAUUGGCUGAUUAAGAAUUCAUUGGGACAAAGAUGGGGUGAAAAUGGGUAUAUGAAGAUUCAAAGGAAUGUGGAAACGCAAGGUGGCUUAUGUGGUAUCGCCAUGAAAGCUUCGUAUCCAAUUGCAUAA